AUUUUAGUAUGAACCUUCAAUUUCCUGGUCUUGUAAAACAGAUUAUCUAGAUUUCUAUCGGGUAUCUUUUGUUGCAAUAAUUUUUAAAUGUCUAGAAGCAUAAUCAUCUUGUUCCAUAAUAUUUCUAUCUCAUAAAAAGCAAAGACAUUAAAAUGUCUUUUAAAAUUAAAAGCCAGUAAUUCUCAAAGAACAAGAAAGAACACCAGAAAACAACUUACUGAAAAACCUCUAAACCUAGUGGGAAAGUGUGCCAAAGGGAGUGCCAAGUACUCCUGCAAGGCAUUAGGCAUGGUUACCAACUUGAAUUACUGUACAAACCUACAAAGUCCCUGGAAUCACUGUCUAGUGAACUAAGUUCCCACUGCAUUGCAAAGCAACACUAUCUAUUCCUUGAUACUUCUCCAAACUGGUCGUGUGUAUCCUCUUAGACGACAGAGUAUUUCAGGGGAUAAUAUUUAAACCGAGUGAUACAGUUUUAAAAAAUACUACACUGAUCUGAUUUUUAGUUUUUUACUUUAUAAAUAUAUCUAAAGACAGCUAAUUCAACCGCUGGUUGCAUUCAGAUUCCUGGUCUAAUGACUUAGGAAUAAUCAAUGGGCAGGACAAUUGAUAAGAGGGUGGUGCGCACAGAUUUAUAAUAGAAAAAGUAAAGGGCUAGCUAAGAGCGGCUGAAAAAAAAAAAAAAACAGGAGCUGAGACGGGAAAAGUGAGGGUCGAACGACAGGACAGGAUGUUAAAGCAAGAUAGGGAAAGGAUAAGUCUCCGGGAAGAGUGAAUAACUCUAUCUUGCGGGACGCAAGAGUCCCAGUUGGAAGGGCAGGUUAAGCAAGCGCGCAGGUGGGAAGGGGUGUUGGCUUCCAAGAUGGGAAGAGUUAAGGUGAAUCAGGGAGAAGUAAGAAGCAAAUGCCUUCGCAUCAAACCUGUUGGAAUAAAGGGCGAGGACGACGCCAAGGUAUCUAAAGGAACACACACCGAGACCCCAGCAGGGUAGGAAAACCAAGCUCCAGAAGGAAAUGGCUCAGCUGGCACAGAGGCGAGCGGAGCCAGCCCCUGCGCUCGCUCCCGGGGCUGCGCCCUCGGAGGUUACCUUUGAGUUGGGGCAAGGGGUGCAGCUCCGCCUGGCUACCCUGGCUGCGGAACUGCGACGAGCCCUGAGAGCGCUUCUGUCUCUGCGCCUUGCGCACCGAUUUCCGGGUGAAGCCGUCCACUUUCUCCGAGGCCGAGAUGGCGGCGCUGGCAGCCCCCGCCGGCGGCGACGACGACGACAUCUCUGCGGCCCUGGCGCUUGGCAGCUCCGGCGGCUGCUUGCACCGCACAGGCAGCGGCAGCGACGGCAGGAGGAGGAGGCGGGGGAGAGGCGCGGAGAGCUCGCGCCCCUGCGCCCCGAGCUCCCGGCCACUCCGCCCUCCCGCUCCCGGGCACCGCCGAGCUUCUCCUCGCCGCCCGACAACGCCUCACGGCCACAUCUCAGCGCCGGAGGUUCCUGGUCCCCGCGGCGCGGCGAACUCCCCGGGCUGACGGAGGGAAGGGCGGGGGUGGAGGGGGGUGAAGAAGUUGUUGACUCCGGGCGCGGAGGGCGGGUGGAGGGGAGCCUGAAGUUUAGACAACUGAGACGAGAGCGCGGGGUGGCGGACGCGGAGUGCGCCUCUCGUCCCUUUAGUCCUAGUCGCCAGCCGGCCAGCCGGCCAGCACCUCAGCGCCCGCUGCCAGAGCCGUCCGCCCUGCCUGGAGCCUCCUCCCGGGGCGCUGCCAUCGCGGAUCCUCUUGGAGCCGUCGUCGCGGUGCCUUCUCUUUCCUGUCAGCGCUGGCCCCUCAUCGCCCGGGCGGUGACCCGCUGCCCCGACCCUCGGUGCACACACACUCGCCUCUGGCAGCGUCGCGCGGUGCGAACCCCCCUCCCCCAGGCGCCCGCCAGCCGCCCACGGAGAAACCCGGCGAGCGACCGCUACAACUUGAGAAGGUGGUUGGUACAGGCAAGGGAGAAUGUGUGUGCGUGUGCGCGCACGCGAAGGCGCGCGGCCCGGGGGAAGGGCUUCGCGGGGGGGUGGGAAGGAGGAGUUUGACUGACAACUUCCGCGGGGUCCCGCCAGCCUCACGAGGCUCGGGAGCCGGUAGGGGGUGAGAGAGCAUGCCAGCUCCAUCAGCCAAUCGCAGGGCUAAGCGGCAGAGACGGGGGAAGGCGUGGCCUCCUGGGCAAUCUCUCAAGUGUCAGGAGCUGGGAGGGAAGGCAAAGAGGGGGGCGUGACGGGGUGACGGACUUCAGCUACAGCCAAUCGCAAGUGAAGGCGGUGAGCGGAGUGCCAUCUGCGUCACAACAGUGUAACAAAUUCUCUCACGAGGGAGGGGAAGUGCCCCUCCACCAGCGGGCCUUGUACGCCUGCGCGCAGCUCCAGCCUAUAAUUGCUCUGCUGACAGACUUUGAGACCAGGCUAGAGGGUAGUUCGGGAGUCAAAAUGGGUCGCUCCUUGCCUUCCCUCUCCUCUCUACUACCAAUGAAGAACUGGAGCGACGGGUGGGGAGUUUCAGGGCAAGGGCGCGAAAGAGUGCCAGUUUUGCGUCACUGAAAAGGGGCGGAGCAAAGGUUUGGGUGGGCGCGCCAGAGGUGUGAUUGACAGGCAAAGGGGUGUAAGCGAAAUGAGUUUGUCCAAUCCGAACGAGGUACUGGACUCCUGGGCGGGCUUUAGCUCUUCGCUGGCUCUAAACCACAUAAUUGGUAGUUGGGUAAUAAAUUUGUAGCUUUGGUGGUUUAGGCACCGCAAGUCCCUGCGAGGUACUCUUGCGUGGGGUUUGGGCGGUCUAGCAUCUACUACUUCAAAGAGUUCUACAAGUCCAUGACCUUCAAAGAGAGGUUCCUCAUUCCCAACUCAGUAGCCCACUAAUUUUCACUCCUUCAGCCAAAGGCCUCAAGACUCUGAAAGUACAAAUUUUCUGCUCAGUGGUUUGUGGAUUUGGGAGCUUACCGUUUACUCUUGGGGUCUCUUCCUUGGAGAUUCCAUCUAGAUUUUAAAUAUCUUAAGGACAAGAAUUGUCCGUCUUAGUUUUUUGUGCAGUGCUUUCCACAUGAUAUUUAAACAAGUGAACUGAAUAGUCUGUCUCCUUUUGUUCUGGUGCACCCAAAUCUACAGUCUUCUUCUGCGAGCCCUAAAUCGUUUCCUUUCGACAUGAUAAAAAUAACUGCCAUGUAUUCAAGCAAAGUUACUUGCUACAUAGGAACAGAAAAUUCUGAUUUGGGGUAGGAAGUAGACCUGUACUCAAAACAUUUUCUCUUCAGACUCACUGGGUGGUGAAAUUAUACAGUUUUCCCAGUCAGGGAAGAUUGGAAACCCCAGUAGCAUCUAGAACACUUUUGUAUUUCUUAUCCUAUCAAGCUCCAGAUUGUGUGGAAUCUGCCUUCACAAAAGUUCAACAACAGUCCUUUACAAUUUGCGCAACCGACCACCAAACAUAGUUGAGGGCUUUUAAAGUGACUGCCACUUUUAUUUUAUCUGCAUGUGUGAAGAAAUACCUAGAGAAUACAGUCCAAACUCAAGGAUCUCUUCAGUCUGACUCUUGACUGUAUUCCUAUUGCAUGUAUUAUCCAUAUCAUUCAUAGGGUCAGACAUCAUUUUCUGUCUGAGAUGGUUGUAUGUUUGUUACCCCCCUGAAAGUUUGUAAAUAUCAAGAGAGCAAGAAUUUACUUUUUGUCUCCAUAUUCUGAGCACAGGAUAGAUAUACAGUAUAUAACAAUCUAAUUUUUAAUCCUCAAAAACAGAUUUCUGAACCUGUGGUUAUUGGAUCACCUUCAUCAACAUUCUCUGGGGUGUUUGUUUAAAAUUCAGACUGCUGGAUCUCAUCCUUGAAAAAAUAAUCAGAGCAUGUGGGAAAAGCUCUAAAAAAAAAUUUUUUUGGGGGGGGUACCAGGAAUUGAACCCAGGGGUGUUUUAACAUUGAGCCAUAUCUCCAGCACUUUUGCAAGCACAAGUACACAUUAAUUUUGAAUUUGUUUGUUUCUGGGGAUUGAACCCAGGGGUGCUUUUCAACUGAGUCACAUCCCCAACUGUUUAUUUUGGGGUCUCACUAAGUUGCUUAGGGCCUUGCUAAGUUGUGGAGGCAAGUCUCAAACUUGUGAUCUUUCUGCCUCAGCUUCCUGAGUUGCUGAGAUUGCAAGCAUGCACCACCUUGCCCAGCACUUGUGUACAUUGAGAUGAUUAGAAAUCUUGCAAUUUUUAGGAAGGACCUUUUGUUAAUAGGGCGAUACCAGCAGUCAUUGUUUUCAGUUGCUCCCACUUUUUGCUUUUUAAUUAUAAUCUUUUUAGCUAAGUUUACCAUUUUAAAAUAUAGUUUGUUGUGGGCUAUUGUACAGGCUAUUUUGUUGGUCAAUCAGGAAUUUAUAAGCGACUGAGAAUUAGAUUAGAGAUUUUGUUUGAAUGAGGAUAUGGACAAGACUUGCUGAUGGAUUGAAUGUGAGCUGUUGGUAUAGCAGAGGUAAUAUUAAUCCCAAACAUGCCAAUGUAUUUAUACUUUCUGAUAUCUGAUAAAUUCCUUUUCUGUAGCUAUGAAGUCUUUUGCACCAUCUAAAUGGGCUAUUAUAAUAAAUUUCCAUUAGCUCCUGGUCUACCCAUCUAUACCCUGUAUAGAUGAGAAACUAGGACAUAAUUUGAAAGGGCUCAGCUCAUGCCACAUAUCAUUGUCCUUGCAGAGUGGGACUCAAAAUCCCUGAGGUUGGCAAACUCUCUGCACUUUAAUUCAACCCUGCAAGCAUUUCUCAAGUGUCCUUUUUGUGUCAGGCAAUAUGCCAGUCACUAAGAAUGAAGAGAUAAAUAAAGCACAGCCCUUAAAAUUAAUCCAGUAAAGAGGGACAACAUAAACAAGUGAAUAAAAACUUAUCACAAAUGUUCUCCUUUUAUUGGUUCCUUUUAGUUAUUCAUGACAGUAGAAUCGAUUUUGACAUAAUUAUAAAGGCACAGAGUAUAUCUUAUUCUAAUUCAGUCCCCAGUACCUGUCCUUCCCUUUCCCUCCCCCCACCCUCGCUCUGUUUCUUCUAUUGAUCUUCCUGCCAAUCGCAAAUGUUCUUCAUGGUGUUAUGGGGGAAAUGGUGGGGAAAGGACUUCAUCUGGUUUGGAAAGAAAGAGUCAGAGAAAAUUUAACGGAAACCAGAAUGUUCGAAGGGAGUCUUGAAACAGACAAAGUUUUCAUGUGGUAAAGACAAGAAGAAAAAUAAUCUGCCAUUGAAGAAACUGGCUUACCCAUAUUUCUUCAUCACUAUAAUGAUUUCCAUAUCUAAAUGAACUUACUUAUUUCACCCACCAUGUUAUUAAAAAAUAAGAUUCCAUGACAGCAGAAGAAUAUAUUAUGCUAUAUCUGUGUCAGAACUUGACUUGAUGGUGGAGGGGCAAAGAAAAAGCAGAGAUUAACUUCAACACAUGACCAUCCUCCAAGUGUAUUAUGAAAACUAUGAUGGCAAAGAGUACUCUAUGGUUCCCCUCAUAUGCAGAUUUCAUAUGACUCUAUCAAUGGUCUUCUUUCAUCUACCUAUAAAAAGAAUCUAAUAGGUUCUGAGGCAGUCCCUAUUCUAAAACACCUAUCUGCUAAACAUUAACAUUGUAGUCUUUCUCCUUGACUUUCUACUUUGGGUCAAACUUGCAGAAAAAAAAAAUCAGUUUGAAAAUCAAAAAAAAAAUGACCUUUAUCUUCAGUGUACAUUAUUGUGUACAGUUUGACGAAACGAAAAUGAUAGAUUGAUUUUUCAGGAAUUAUUGAAUUGAGAAUUCUCUAAUAUUUUCAAAUUCUACAGUUUGGCUUUCAUACCAGAGGAUAUGAGUUUUUCGAAAAUAUGUGUGUUGCCAGGCACUGUGGCGCAUGCCCGUAAUUCCAGAGACUAGAGAGGCUGAGGCAGGAGGAUUGCAAGUAAAAAGCCAGCCUCAGCAAAAAGUGAUGUGCUAAGCAACUCAGUGAGUCCUUGUCUCUAAGUAAAAUACAAAAUAGGGCCGGGAUGUGGCUCAGUGGUGGAGUGUCCCUGAAUUUAGUCCUUGGUACCAAAAAAAGAAAAAAGAAUGUGUGUGUGUUCAGGUAUGUAAACACAAUAAAUACAAUAGUUGCUAUAAAUUUAACACCUACUAUGUGCUAGGUACCAUUCAUAUGAAGAAACUAGCUUUUUGGGGGGACAGGGGGGUUAGUAUCUUUGGGGAUCUUCAUUGUUUCAUUUAAAAAAACCAAUAGAAAUUCAAGGUUUUCUUUAUUAAUUCUGUACAAAGGCAUUUACAAAAAAUGAAAUUAGAAUGGAUUGGACUAUUAUUACCAAAGGUCAUUGUUCCUAUCUAGAAUUUUGUGUGUGUGUGUGUGUAGAACUACAGAGUUACGAAGAAAAUGAGACUAUCAAAAGACAGAGAGACUUAAUGUUUUCAUUCAUUCAAAAAGAUUUUUUUAUUAACUCCCUAUAAUGUUUCUUGCCCUUUCAAGUGCUUGGAGUAUAGCAGUGAAUGAGCUAAAGCUCACCAUCAGUGUUGAAGGCUCACAUCUAUUAAAGCCCAACUAUGGGAACAAAGUAGGGGAAUGCACCAGAGAAAAACACUAUGGGAUAGUAUGCAUGGACAGCUAAAGUGGCUUGGGUGAAUCCAUAGGGUGAUCAAAUUGUCCUGUUUGCUAGGGAUUUGCCCAGUUCUACCACUGAAAGUCCCAUAUCCCAGGAGCCCCCUUCAUUCUGGACAAGCAAAAUGGUUGGUCACACUAUGCACAUAACAAAAUGACAACACAUAUUUAUUAAAGGCCCAUUAUGAGCAAGGGCCAUAGAUAAACAUUGUGGUCUCCACACUAAGGGACCAUGAGCUCCAGAGGAAGUGAUGAGACACACGUUCAGGAAAAGAUAACCGCUCAUUCAGGCCAAACAAUACAUUCAGAGCACGCUCCCAGGUGGUGUUUGUACUGAGAAGGAGGAGAUGGGAUUUAAGCUGGACCUGGAGGACCAGGCAUAAUGACAAAAGUAGAGGAAAAGGAAAGAGGUAAAGGAAAGAGCACUAGCCCACUGUUUACUGCACAACUCUUAAACUCAACAAGUUCAACUUAUUAUGUCCACCCCUUCCUGUUCCUUUUGUCUCACUGUGUGGCGUCACUAUCCAUCUGUGGAGGAGAGAAACAACAUGAAGCCAUGGAAAUGGAAAGUACUGAUACAUAGAGGGGAGGUUAUAAGAUGUGUUGAUUCAAAAGGAAGUUCCUGGAGAGAGUGAUGGGACAGAGAACCGGAAAAGAUACAUUCAUGUACGUACUCAGCAAACAUUCAGUGCCUAUUAUUGGCUAUGUUUUGGUCUAGGAUCUAACUAUGGAAAGAAAAAAAAAUACUGUUUCCUCUCUUAGAGAGUCUGUAGGGGGAAGCAAGCAAAAAAAAAAAAAAAAACACUAUAGAGAGCAUACUAAAUACUAAAGACUGAAGGAGGAUGAAUGAGGAAUCUGUAUCUCCUGGGUGGGAAGCAAGAGAGUCUUCUAGAGAGAACCUCUCUAGAUUUGAGAAUUGAAGAAGCAGAAGGAGUUUGUUGGAAGAACAAAGAAAGGGUAAAUCAUUCAAGCAGUGUGGACAGAAUACUUCAGGACCCUGAGAGAAGGGGGCACAUCGGGAAGCUAAAAGGAGCUGGUCUGGACUUUCUGCAGUGGGCAGAAGGAAUCAGAUGAUGUCAAGAAGUACCAGGACAGAAAUGAGGCCGAUUUCUGGACUCAUGAAGCAACCCUGAACUUUGGAGAAGAAUCUGGGGAGAUUCAAAGCAAAUAGAACAGAGCCUUGCCCAGGGUAAAGACCCUCAAAGGGGACACGUUGGUGCUCUGGUGCCACUCUGCCCACUUCCCAAGGUGAUGGAAAGAUGAAAUCAUGAAUGUGAAAGGUCUUGAGAAGCACAAGUUGCUCACAAAUAUAAUAUAGAUUUUAAAUGGCCUUUGACUUUUUAAAGGGGGUCUUGGGCAACAAAGAAGAAAAUCCUGGAAGAGUGAGGCUGAGAAAUUACCCUUGGAUCCUCAGUGAAAGCUGAGUCUCAGUGGGAAUUGACUGUGAUCCCAGGCCUGACCAGAGACGGUACAUGCAUUAACCCCACCAUUAGCCAUGACAUUAGACCUUCCAGGCGAUAGCUGGGCUAAUCAUUAAAGGGACUCCAACAGAACAGAAGUUAAGAGAGAAGGCAAAGGGUGAGUUGGAGAAGCCAGAAAUGGAAGAAAAUGUGUGUGGGGGAGAGAGGAAGGGAGAGUACAUGUAAGAAAGAGACAGAAAAAGAUGUGGAGUAAACUGAUAAAGAAGUGGAGAUGAAGGAGAGAGGAAACAAGAGGUGACAGUGCCGGAGAUGAUGGGCACCACUGGCAGCUGCUCCUGUGACAUCCAUGACAUGGACUCCUCAGGCACUGGUUUGAUGGCAGACGCCACACUCGACACAUUCUCAUCAGAGCCCUGCUCUCAACUCUUGGUAUACCUGCCCCAAUUAUUUCAGAGAGAAAAAGUUGAGGAGGGUCUCCAAGGCAACCUGAUCUUGACUCCUCCCACCCCAGGUCUCCUGCAGGCCUUGGGCAGAAGGUGGCCAGGACAACCAGAAAGUAGAGGGUAUGACCCAGCCAGCAAACAGAGGGCUCUCAGUUAGUGUGCCAGCCUGUAAAUUGUCCUUUUGUUUUGCAGGCUUUACGGAACACGGUUUUAUUUCAUGUGACUGUGCUAUUUCAGGAGGAGUAAAUAUUGCCGGCGGUCUGUUUAAAAAGGCCAAUGACCUGAAAUGUUUUUUUUUUUUUUUUUUAAUUUUUUUUCUUUUCUUUACCGUUUGAAU